AUGCCGUCACCCACACAUCCCGAGCUCGGCGAGACGAGCCAUCUCCCGUCGUUUUACUCUCCGCGCUCAACGCCAGUCGAUGCCACUGCCUCUGGCGACCAUGAAAAACACUCUCACGAACAUGUAGACGAAUUAUCUCUAGCACAGAGCUCUCGAGACUCGACCAAUGCGUCGCAAGCGCCUCCGCCGUCGCUGCUCUCCCCCGCCUUCACCCCGCCACAGACUCCAGGAACUCAAACACCCACGAGAGCAGGACCGCGUGGUGUUCCUGUAGACAGCUCGAUUCCCGACGGCGGAUGCGGUAACAAGAGGCCAAAGCUGCUGCAGACGCUGCCUGAAGUGCAAUGCAUCGUUCGCGCGCGUAUUCCCACUGUUACUGGCACAGAAAUGUUUCUCCAUCUGUAUACCAACAAUGUGGACAACAAGGAGCACUUGGCCAUUGUAUUUGGCAAUCACAUUCGGAGUAAGAGUCUCGAUGCGCCCCGCGAAGGAGAAACGGAGAUGGAUAGAAUGAUUCGGGGCGCAUAUACCGGUAGAUUGUUCCCCGGGCGCACAACCAGUGGCAUGAACGACAGCCUCGAAACGCCUCCUACCGUUGAACAAAGCUCAAGCGCAAGCUCGCAGCCGCCAUUGGUACGAAUCCACUCUGAAUGCUAUACUGGUGAGACGGCUUGGUCUGCGCGCUGUGAUUGCGGCGAGCAACUCGACGAGGCGGCACGGCUGAUGGGUAUGCCGGGCAAUGCCUCUGGUGGGAUUAUCAUCUAUCUUCGCCAAGAGGGACGCGGUAUCGGGUUAGGCGAGAAACUUAAGGCCUAUAAUCUGCAGGACUUGGGAUCGGACACCGUCGAGGCGAAUCUGCUUUUGAGACACCCUGCAGAUGCGCGAAGCUACGGCUUGGCUACGGCCAUGUUGUUGGAUCUGGGGCAGCACGAUGUGCGUCUGCUGACCAACAAUCCUGACAAGAUUCGAGCUGUUGAAGGUCCAAAUAGAGAAGUCGUGGUUAAGGAGAGAGUGGCCAUGGUGCCGCUGUCAUGGAAGGGCAAAGGGGGCUUCAAGAGCCAGGAGGUGGAAGGCUACCUCAAGACAAAGAUUGAAAAGAUGGGCCAUAUGCUGGACAUGGCUGGAUCGACGUAG